AUGAAGUGGAACUUGUUCAAGAAUAAGCCUGAGGCCAUGGUGGGUCCAGAGCCCACGGGCACCGGCGCAACUAUGACCGCGGCCCCAGCCGUCGCCAUCGCCACCACCGUGGCUGAACCCCCAGGCAACGGCACAGUUUCCAAGAACGACAUGUUCGAAGAGAUCAAGAGCAAGUUCAUGAACGAGAUCGAUAAGAUCCCAUUGCCCUCCUGGGCCAUCAUAGCUAUCGCUGUGGUGGCCGCCCUCCUCAUCCUCACCUGCUGCUUCUGCAUCAUCAAGAAGUGCUGCUGUAAGAAGAAGAAGAACAAGAAGGGCAAGAAGGGAAAAGAUGGCCUCAACAUGAAGAACAUGAAAGGGGACGAGAAACAGGACGAUGACGACGAUGAAGGCGAGACAGGCCUCACGGAGGAGGAGAAAGAGGAGGAAGAGAAAGAGGAGGAGAAACUUGGCAAGCUGCAGUACUCGCUGGACUAUGACUUCCAAGACAGUAAGCUCACAGUGGGAAUCCUCCAAGCUGCUGAUCUUAUCUCCAUGGACAGCGGAGGUACCUCUGACCCGUAUGUCAAGGUCUUUGUCCUCCCAGACAAGAAGAAGAAGUUUGACACCAAGGUUCAAAAGAAAAACCUGAACCCUGUCUUUAAUGAGUCAUUUGUUUUCAAGUUACCAUAUGAUGAGCUCGGUGGGAAAACCCUGGUGAUGUCAGUCUUUGACUACGACCGAUUCUCCAAGCAUGACAUCAUUGGAGAGGUGAGGAUCCCCAUGAACACCAUUGACCUGGGACAGCCCAUCGAAGAAUGGAAGGACCUGGAGAGUGCAGACAAAGAGGAGCCUGAGAAGCUGGGAGACAUCUGUAUCUCUCUUCGUUACGUGCCCACUGCUGGCAAACUCACUGUCUGUAUCCUGGAGGCAAAGAACCUCAAGAAGAUGGACGUGGGUGGACUGUCUGAUCCCUAUGUGAAGAUCGCGUUGCUGCAGGGAGGCAAGAAACUGAAGAAGAAGAAGACUACAGUGAAGAAGAACACACUGAAUCCGUACUACAACGAGUCCUUCAGCUUUGAGAUCCCAAUGGACAUGAUGCAGAAAAUUUUGGUGGUGGUGACAGUGUUUGAUUAUGACAAGAUUGGCAAGAAUGACGCCAUUGGGAAGAUAUUUGUGGGCAGCAAGGCGACGGGCCCUGGUCUGAAGCAUUGGUCUGACAUGCUCUCUAACCCCAGGCGUCCCAUUGCCCAGUGGCACCCACUACAACAGGAGGAGGAUAUAGAUGCGGCACUGGCAGGUUUAAAUGCAAAAAAGUAA